AUUAAAUACUCUACUUGAAAUUUUGUCUUGAGAAGAAGUUAAAUACACAAAAUUUAAUUUUGAAUAUUACCAUGUUUCAUUACGAACAACAUUAGAUUGAUCAUAAUUAUUAUGAAAAUUGAAUAGUCAAUGCAUACUAAAAAUUUCCAUUAUACAGCAUUAGACUAAAAAAGAAAAAUUAAAAAUGGAUACAUUAAUUUCAAAAAGUCCAUUAGCAACCGUACAACUUAUACCAGUCUUCAAUUAUUUAAAUCUACUUAGUGAUUUUUUAUUCACUGAAUAUAAAUUAGAUUCAUAUAAUCAAUAUAAACAAAUACCUAUUGUUAAUUCACUGUACGAAUAUUUGGAAGAUCAUCAUGAUAAUAUAACUAUGCAUACAAAAUUAAUUCAGAAUUUAUUAAAAGGCAGUGAUCUAUAUGGUGAAAAAGAUCAUGAAAAUGUUGAUGAAAUUUUCGUUAAUACAAUGUUUGAUUACAUCAUAAGUUCUCUUGUAUUUGACAAAUAUGGAAAUAUUUAUGGAUUUUUGGCUGACACAAUUCGCAAAGUAGAAAAUUUACAAUUAGAUAAUGUUUUAAAAGUAAUUAAAGAAACACUUAAAAAUGCAACAUUCGACAAUGAAUAUGGACCUAAUUCGGUUCUAACUGAAUUAGCAGUUAAUAGAAUAUAUACAGAUAUAAUUUUGCCAAUCUUUCCUAAACCAAAGACUAAUCUUAGUAUAUUGUCUCUUGAUUAUAUUUUUGCACAAGCUGGUUCAACUUAUCUUCGUCUUGGAAGUAUAAAUGAUACCUAUUAUUCUGAUUUCGAGAACAAUAAUAAUAUUAAAUACUUUAAUGAAAACUUAUUUGACGAAUAUUUAAUAACGGGACACAUAAUAAGGAACUUACUUCACUAUAAGAAAAUAGAUAUUUUAGUUUUAAGAGUUUUUGCUCUACCAGCUCUUUUAUAUUAUAGCACUACUGAAGAUAAAGUAAAACAUGAAAGCAUAACAAAUAUAAUUUUCAAUCCCGAUCACUGGAUGACAGCUUAUGAUAAAUUUUUGAUAUACUUACACAAUGCUUAUAACCAAAUAGAAGAUCAAUUAAAGAAUGACUAUACAUAUAAAAUUCAUUUAGAAUUUUCGAAUUUUCAAAAUCGUGCUUCAAUGGCAAAAUCAAUUAUAGAUUUAAACUGCAGUUUCUUCAGUGAUAAAACUUUUCCAAACUCUCAAGUUUCUGAACAUUAUAAAUGUAGUCCAGUAGUUGCUUUACCCAAUAUAAAUAAAUGGUACAAUGAUCAAGUUUAUAGUUUGAGUGAAAUAUAUGGAAAUUAUGAUUUACAAAUUACAUUAAAAUGUCUUAAGGAAUCAUUAGUUGGUGACUUUGAUGAUGUUGUAAUAAAAUUGGUAGUUACUAAUUCUGAACUGGUAAAUACUAAUUUUACUACUUUUCAGUAUUUAUCUUACGAUUUGCUUGAAUUUUAUUACACUAAUUACAAUACUUCAGACUAUUAUGCUUUACUACGAAAUGAUUAUACUGUUACACUUAUUAAUGAGUUAGAUAAUCCAGAACUCUUUCAACGACAAAUUGGUCCAUCUUUUCAAAGAUUUAAACGAUUUGCAAAUAGAAUUAUUUUAAAGUCUGGUAAUGAAGGAAUAACUGAACUUUCUGAAAAAUUAAUGAAAUAUAAAAAAGAACGAUUCAAGUCCUAUUUGACUUUAUUUAACUAUAGUCUAAAAAAUAAUGAAUGGUGGAAGGAAUUUGGAUUAUCAUUGGUGCCAUUUUAUCCCUGUUUAUCAAAACUCGUCAACUAUAAUAAUAAUCAGGAAAACUUAUGUGAAAAAGAUAUCAUAAAAUUUUUAAAUAAAUUUCCAGACAUGUUAACACGUAUAACAAAUGUAAAUACACGAUCACUUUUGUCGGUUUUCGGUACAAAUUUAAAAACAAUACUUCUUAAUGAUGUGAUUAUUAAAACGAUAGAUACUUUAGUAGUGUCAUAUAAUGUAUCUUAUCUUUCAACACAAAAUGAAUUAGAUAUUAAGGCAUAUUCUAAUCAAGUUUCUUUACACGUAGAAGAGCCUACAUUUGAAACAAUGUCCAUAUCUAAAGAAGGUAUUCAAUUAGUAAAAAAAAUUUUUUCUAAUUUAAAAGAGAAAAUUAGUUACAAUUUUACAUUUGUAAACUAUGUUCUACAUAGAAUGGUCUAUUUACAAAACAUUAUUCUCAAAGAAAUUGGUCACGUGGAUGAAAAUAAAUUUCGAAAAUUGUUCGUAUAUUCUGUCAAUUAUAAUACUGGCUAUGGUUACAAGUUUAUAAAUAUUUAUAACACAACAACUGCAACAUUAAGAACUGAAUAUGAAUCGAAGGAGAAAAUAUUUAGUACACUACUUCUCGAUUUGCCAGAAAAUAGAAAAACACAUAUUAAAAUAAAUAAUGCAAGUUUUGAAUUUGAACCUAAUGAUUAUUUAUUUGAAAUUUAUAACCAACUUCGAAAAAAAUCAACAAUACUUUUGCUUUCUGGUAUAUGGAAUCAUCAUGAUAAUGAAAAUUGCAUGGAUUAUCAGCAAUUGGAGCUAACAAAACAUUCUAAUGAUUGUUUAAGACACUGGCGUUUUAUGGAAAAAAUUCGUCAACUAGAGGUAGCAGUUGAUAAAUUAAGAAAUAAUAUAAUUAUUGAUGGCGGACUUGUUGCUACUGACGUAGAAAUACGCAAUGAAUUAAAAAAAUACACUUUUCCCGAUGACAGUGUUUUUUUAUUUUAUUUUGUCUCAGAAUGGAAAAAAAACAAAAAAUUUGAACAAUCAGAUUGGAGUAGAAGCUGUAUAAUUGAAAAUUCUGAUCUUUUGAAUGAAUUGAGAUUUGAUUUAUAUUUAGAAAAGAACAAUAUAACAAUUACGAAUGGAUUAGAUAGAAUUAAUGUGAUUUAUACCUAUCGAGAAAGAUUGAAAAUUGAAGAUGGAACAACGAUAGAGAAUAUAAUUAGAAAUUUUAAUGAUCAGAAAGCAGGUUUUUCGGUAACAUUUGAAGAUUACUAUGCUUUACGAAAUUUUGUCACAUCAGGCUAUACAAGAAUAAGUGGAGAUACACCAGAAGCAAAACGAAUGAAACUUGCAUUAUAUAAAUUAGCUAUAAGACAAUCUGAUGAUUUACGGGAGGAAUUUGAAUGGACGUUAUUUCGAUUAGAAUCAAAAUCUAUUGACAUUGUUGAUAUUGAUUUUUCUUUGGGAAAGCAAGUUAUUUUGCAAAAAUUUACAAUAACAUCAACAAAUAUAGCAGCUGCUAUCAGAUUUGCUGCAUCUGAAGCAAAUGGAUUUAGAAAUAUUUUGUAUGAAAUUAAAUUUUUUAAUCAUUAUUUUAGAAUAGCAAUUAAAACAGAAGUUGAUAAACUAGAAUCUUCAAAUGAAAAAAAUAUAAUUCUUUUACCUGGUACUGAAUUUGAAAUUUAUGAUAUUUUAACACUGUCAAUAGAUGGAAUAGGUGAAGUUUUGAAAGUAAUUCUUCAUGUUGCAAAUGAUAAUAUAGGAAAGCAUCAACGUUAUAAAAAUAUCAUGAGAAAAAUAACAGAACUAAAAGUGUAAAUUGUUUUUUUUUUGUAUCAAAUAUUUUAUCUAGAUUUUACAAUAUUGGCGUCUUUGACAUCAACUCGUGUCACAAUUAUCCAUAUAUUUCUUUGGUUUUUGUUUAAUUUCAAUGUAAUGUCGCGAGAAUUUUAGCACCGUUUUACUUAAUUUUGGUAACCAUGCACCCCAUUCCCGGAAUGUAUGUGAUUUCGGGAAAUUGUAUUUAACGUUAGUAUGCAAGAGUGCGAGGAAUGAGUUAUUCGCCUUAAUAUCAACUCCUAAAAAUUUUCUUUAUUUAAUUAGUAAUUUGGUGUUUUUCUAUUAAUUGUUGAACUUUUGAAUUAAUUUCUGGUGACUUUGUUAUUGGCUUUUUUGCAAAUUUGACUUGGUUUUUUAAGAAUAAAUGGAAUUAUUAUUCUAAGUUUAA